AUGAUCAUCGGUCUCAAAUCCCUCCUCCCUCUCUUCCUACUCCUCUCCACCUCCACUUCUCUACCUACUCUCGAAGAGCGUGGAUCUACCACCUGCGGCUCAACCUAUUAUACCGCAAGUAAGGUCAGUGCCGCUUCCUCGAAGGGGUACGCAGACUACGAAUCUGGCUCGGAACCCGGUGGCUAUCCACACACAUACCACAAUUACGAGGGCUUCGAUUUCCCAGUUGAUGGGCCAUACCAAGAAUUCCCUCUCUUGUCCAGUGGAAGCGUAUACACUGGUGGAAGUCCUGGAGCUGAUCGUGUUAUCUUUACAACGUCUGGCGAGCUCGCGGGUGAGAUCACGCACACCGGUGCUAGUGGGGACGAUUUUGUUGGAUGUUCAGGAACAAGUUAA